GUUAAGCUCCUUAACCUCAAAUGUCACGUCAAUCAGCUGAUUUGACUUGUUGUCAUAACCUCACUUUUUUGCAUGUUUUGAAAACGCAUAAAACAAUAAAAUGUUGAUAUUUUAAAAGUGUUCAGAUGAUCCAAAACGUCCUGAAAACACCAUUUAAAUACCCUAAGCCGCCCCAUUCCGUUAGGUCCUUAAGUUUGUUUUUACCUCACUAUUUUUUCAAAGAAGAUAUGGAAGGGAGCAGUAAACCAGUGCAAGAAAUCACUGAGGGACAAGCGAAAGUCCAAACUAGCGGCAGCGUGUUUUACAAUCCCGUUCAGGAGUUCAACAGGGACCUCAGUCUCAGUGUCAUAUCAACUUAUGCCAAAAACUUACUGAAAAAUAAUGAGGACUUUGAGUCGGCUGGUACUCCUUAUGCUAACGGAAUAACCAUUUUAGAAGCCUUAUCGGCAACGGGCUUGAGAAGUAUCAGAUACGCUAAAGAAAUACCGGGAGUUAAACAUAUUGUGGCCAAUGAUAUUUCGGCAAAGGCUGUAGAAGAUAUUCGGAACAAUAUCGCCUUGAAUAAUGUUCAAAAUGUUGUUAGGGCAAACUUAGGUGACGCAAACAUGUUAAUGUACCAGCACAAAAAAGACCAUCAAUUCGAUGUGGUUGACUUGGACCCUUACGGGUGCCCCUCAAUCUUUUUAGACUCGGCAGUUCAAUCAGUUAAAAAUGGGGGGCUACUGCUAGUAACCGCCACGGAUAUGGCCGUUUUGGCAGGCAACUGCCCUGAGACUUGUUAUUCCAAAUAUGGGGCUAUAUCGUUAAGAAUGAAAUGCUGUCACGAGAUGGCACUUAGAAUACUACUGCAAUGCAUCGAGGCACACGCCAACAGAUAUGGCAGAUACAUUGAGCCAGUUCUGUCUCUGUCAGCUGAUUUUUAUAUAAGGGUUUUUGUUAGGGUUUACAGUGGGGCACAAAAAUGUAAAUUCACCAUAAGUAAAUUAUCACAUGUCUAUCACUGUACAGGGUGUGACAGUUUCGUUUUACAGCCCCUAGGGAUCACUAAGCAAAACGAGAAGAAUAACCAACUAGUGAAGUUUUGUUUACCGGCAGGGCCCCCCGUGGGGAGUAAAUGUGAACAUUGCGGUGGAUCUUACCAUAUCGGGGGUCCCAUAUGGUCAGCCCCCCUGCACCAGCCCGAAUUUGUUAAAGAGGUCCUUAAUUCGGUUUCUCCCGCCCUAAACACUUUUAAAAGAAUCCAGGGAGUGUUGAGUAUGAUUCUCGAGGAACUUAGCGAUGUGCCCUUGUAUUAUACUCUGGAGAGGUUAGCCGGAACUAUUAGGGUGGAGACGCCAUCUAUGAUGGCCGUUAGAUCUGCCCUGGUAAAUGCAGGCUACCGAGUAUCCCAAACGCACACGCACAAAACCUCAAUAAAAACCGACGCGCCCCCCAAAGUCGUCUGGGACAUAAUGAGGUGCUGGGAGAAGCUGCACCCCGCCUCAAAGAAACGCCUUCAAGACAACAAAGUGGCCGCCACCAUAUUGGACCAAAGCCCCGACAGGCAGCACACCUUCGAUAUCAACCCGAACGCUUAUUCAGCGGCUAAAGAAAUGGGCCUGCUGAGGUUCCAGGCGAAUCCGUUACCUUUUUGGGGCCCUGGGUCCAGAGCGCAAGCCAUGUUAGGACAAAACACGAUGCUUAAAAGCCACAAAAAUCAAGGAAAAAGAAAAAGACCUGACGAGGAGCCGCAGGAAGAAACCAAACAUGAUUGAAUAAAUUGUAUAAUUUCUUAAAAGUUAUGUUAUAAAAUUAAAUAAAUCUUAAGUA